CGGAAAAGAGCUCAGCAUUUUCGGAGUGUUGUGUAGCUGUGGAGCUAACGCGGCUUUAUUUCCUCAACGCUGGCUCACAGACAGGUGAUGAGUUGAAGGCUGAAGGCUGGCUGAUUGUUAGGGACAAUGGAGGAUGACUGCAGGCCUCUGCUGGGCCCAGAUCCCACCUUGGAGGGACCGUCCCACAGAGGCUCAGCUGGGUCACUGGACAUCAGAACUAAACGGCCUUUCUAUGUGGAGCCCAGGAACAUUGUAAGUGAUGACCCUCAGGAGAGGAUCUCUGCUGAGGCUGCCAUCCUGAACAGUAGAGUGCAUUACUACAGCAGACUGACAGGGUCCUCUGACACAAUGCUGAGUCCUCCAAACCAUGUGAUCCCCACACCAGAGGAGAUGUACGUCUACAGCCCUCUCGGGAUGGCUUUCAAGGUUCCAGACAGUGAGCAGGCUGCUAAGAACCCCAGCAUUGUCACCAUCUUUGCCAUAUGGAACACCAUGAUGGGGACAUCCAUACUCAGCAUACCGUGGGGUAUUAAGCAGGCUGGUUUCACUCUGGGAAUCAUCAUCCUCAUCUUCACUGGCCUGCUAAUGCUGUAUUGCUGUUACAUUGUCAUCAAAUCACCAAAGGCAAUUAGGGGUGUGGACACAUCCAGCUGGGAAUUCCCUGAUGUUUGCAGGUUCUACUUUGGAAAGCUUGGCCAGUGGUCCAGCUUGGUCUUCUCCAUGGUGUCUCUUGUUGGAGCCAUGGUGGUAUACUGGGUACUAAUGUCCAACUUCCUCUACAACACUGGGCAGUUCAUCUACAACCAUGCUCACAACGUCAGCACAUCAGAUUCAGAGUAUGGAACCAACGGCUCUGAUAGAGUUAUCUGCCCAUACCCUAAACUUCACCCUGGAAGUAAUGACUACAGGAACAGUCUGUGUGGCAGCUUUUCUGGGAAUGACUCAUCUGGGAGCAGCUUUGAUCACUACUGGAGUAAAACCAGCACCAUUCCUCUCUACCUCAUCAUCCUGCUGCUGCCACUGCUCUGCUUUCGUUCUGCCUCUUUCUUUGCAAGGUUCACUUUCUUUGGCACUAUAUCAGUCAUCUAUCUGAUUGUGCUGGUCACAAUCAAAGCUUCCCGCCUUGGCUUCCACCUAGAGUUCCACUGGUUUGGUCCGUCCCAGUUCUACGUUCCAGAGUUCAGGCUGUUUUUUCCUCAGCUGACUGGUGUGCUCACCCUGGCCUUCUUCAUUCACAACUGCAUCAUCACAUUGAUGAAGAGCAACAAAAACCAAGAAAAUAAUGUAAGGGAUCUGUCCUUGGCUUAUCUUCUCGUUGGUGGAACAUAUAUGUAUGUGGGUGUGUUGAUCUUUGCUGCCUUUCCCUCACCUCCUCUCUCCAAAGACUGCAUUGAACCAAACUUUUUAGAUAACUUCCCCAGCAGUGACGUGAUGGUGUUUGUGGCUCGAGUGUGCUUGCUGUUCCAAAUGAUUACUGUCUAUCCUCUGCUGGGUUAUUUGGUACGAGUCCAAAUUAUGGGUCAGCUGUUUGGAAAUCAUUAUCCCGGUUUCAUUCACAUUCUGGUGCUGAAUAUUCUCAUUGUUGGAUCUGGAGUUCUAAUGGCCAUGUUUUAUCCCAACAUUGGAUCUAUAAUACGAUUUUCUGGAGCAAUAUGUGGACUGGCCUUAGUGUUUCUACUUCCUGCUUUAGUCCACAUGUUCUCCCUGAGAGAGCAGGGGAGACUCACCUGGCAGUCAGCUGUUUUCCACAGUUUCCUGAUCGUUCUGGGCGUGGCCAACCUGCUGGCUCAGUUUUUUAUGUAGGAAAAAACAAAGCAAACAUUUAAAGAUAAGAAGAUGUAAAGGAAGGUUUAUCUGCUACCACAUAACAGUGGUGUGGCUUAAAUAUCUGCACAACAAGCUCCAAACAUAUGAAAGCAUUUACAUACAUAUUUAUUUCAAUAUGUACUUCAUAUUCAAGUAAAUAUAUAACCAUUAAUUGUUUGAACUUAAAUUGAGUAAAAAAAGUUUUGAACAUGUCAAUAUUUUCUCUGUUUAAAUAUUUCUAAAAUGACCAUUGGCAGAGUGGUUUGAACCUCCCGUUGUUCUAAGAGGACUAUGGGAUGUGUGUCAACCCAAGAAAUCCAUACAUAUGAAGAAAUCAAACAAAUUGGUCUUCAAAGUCAGUUAUGAGUAAACCAAUGGAUUGAAACAGGGAACAUGUGAAGAAAAAGCAUCUUCUACAUAUCUCUUCUAGAGAUAUCUCUCUUCUCCAAAGAGAUGUAGAAGGCCAAGAAAGUAGCUCAAAUUGGUAGCCUUCAAAAAGUUUUUUUUCCAACUUUUUCACAGUUGUCAUUUCCAGCGGUCAACAGGCGAGAGGCAAGGUCACCUUGGACAGGUCACCAGUCCAGCACAGGACAGAGAAACAAUCAUGCACACAUUCAUACCUCAUGAGGAUUUAGAGAGGCCAGUCAAACUAAACAUCAUGAUUUUGGACUGCGGGAGGAAGCCAGAGUACCCUGAGAGAACCUAGUCACAGGCAGGGAGUCAAACCUAGGACCUUCUUGCUGCAAGACAGCAAUGAUGCCAACUGCUCCACCACAUAACAAAAAGCUUACUCAUGGCAAAUGCAGAUGUAACCACAGUGUCUGCAUCCCUCCCCGCCCCAAGGUUUUAUUGGCUUUAUUUGACAGUAAAUUGGGUAAUUAGAGAAAAGGGAAGACAUGCAGCAAAAGUCGCCAGGCUGGGAUUUGAAGCUGCGACAGCCAUGUCGAGGGCUAAGGCCUCCAUAUGUAGGUUGUGCUUAACCCCUGCGCCAUCUUAGCACCCCACAAGUGCCUUUUUAAACUUCUUAAACUUCCUGGUCUGCCAGUUGGAACUAUGAUCUGACUUCACCAUAAACCAGCCAGGGGGCCUUGUAAGAUUUCUGAAAGUCAAAAGAAAUAAAUAAGAUUUGUCCAAGAGCCAAGAACCACUUGCAAAAAGUUGUGGAAAUAGCAGGUGCAUUUUCUCCAGUUAAGCAAUAAGUAAUGCCUUUAUAGCAAUGGCUUCAUCUUGUGCACAGUGACUGCACAAGAUGUCACCAUGGAAGAACGUCUGGUGCAGAAGAUUUGGACAAGUGUGCAAAAUUCUUAGGAAAGACAGUGUGGUCUCAUGAUGUAAAUGUGAUGUAAUGGCUCACAUCAAGUUCAAAGAAAGAAUGGUUCUGUACAUCACUCUGGAAACAUCAUGCAAAAGGUGACAUUUGCAGGUGGAAACAUCACAGUAUGGGUUCUGUUACAGCACCUAGUUCUUCGAGACUUCAUAUACUGCAAGGAAAGAUAGAUAUAUUUAUUGGGAAAUUUUUGAUAAUGAAACAAAUGUUAAUUUGAAGCAAAUUCCAAACACACAACCAGGGAAACGUGACUCUUGAAAUAAAGUAAAACUGUUGGGAUGGCUCAGUUACCUGUUUUAAAUGAAAAUGUAUGGAAAGAGCUGAAUGUGCAAUUAAAGGAACCCUGAAAACCUUUAAGAUUUGGAGACAUUUUGUCUGUGACAAUAGGUUCUAUUCCAUGUUUCAUUCUAUUUGUUUAGUCAUAAAUUCACUAGUGGAUUUACUUGCUUUGAUUGUGUUAGUGGAUUGCUUGGGUGUGCGUUGUUGCUAAUAGUGAUCUGGUGUUAAUUUUAUCUCUGUGUCCCCAUUAGAAACAUUUAAGCUGAGAAAAAUGUUGACAUGUUUAAUACUGAAAUUACCUGCCUUAAUUUAAUGCAGGCCAACCUUUGUUUAUUUGACUUUGCUUAUGGUGACAUUGCAAUGAGAUUUGUUAUGCGUCAGCUGAUUCUGACCAUCACCAAACAUUUUGUAAAGCGAUCUUCAUACAGCAAAGUGCCAUGUAGAUAUGUAGAGAUUAAAAACAUGGAUGUGUAGGCACAAGAGACUCAUACAUUAUAAAAUAUCAAACUAAUCAGACAGUUAUAAUAAAGGUAAAGACUCAAGGGAUUAUGGACCUGUGGGGAAGCAGUUGUGUAGAUUAGCAUGGAAAAAAUAAUCAUAAACUAAAUGGUAAACUUUGAUUUGAAAAAAAUACCAAUAUAGACAAAAACAUUACAAUAACUGCAAAAAUGUUAACUUGUAUAGAAACGAAAAAGAACAUAUAGAUACUGGUAAUGUACUAGCAAUUAUAAAAAUAAUAAACUUUAAGAGAUGACAAAUGGGUAAAAACCAAAACCACCAAACUGAGAGUCAUAAUGAUUCCUCCUCUUGUGAUUUAGUUCUCACUGUAGUUACCAGCAGAUGGCCAUUUCCAGAAGACAGAAGCAGUUCUCAUAAAUGGAGUUGACUACAACGUUACGGCCAUUACUGAGUUUUAAAAACCACUAAGAACACCUUAAAACAAUUCUAAAAUGCACACCAACUUUAAAUGCAGACUUUAAAGUUGCUGUUUUGUGAGCUCAGCUUCUGAUCCUCGACUAGCAGAGUUCUGAAUUACCUGUGAUAGAGCAAUGAUUUUUCCAGCAAGAUCAGGAAUCAGAGUAUGACUAUAAUUGAUUGUACUAGUUGUAAAAGUGUGAAUCAAAGUUUCUGUAUUGGACUAUUAGAGAAAUGGUUACAGUCUUGCAAUGUUCCUCAGAUGAUGAAAAUUGAGGUUUGUUCUCUUCCCACAAGGCUUCAUAUCAGCAGGUUUAAAGACAGUUGUGAAGCCCACUGUCUCGCUCCAUAUUAAAAGAAUAGUUGAUAUCAAGAGCAUAAUUUUUAAAAAGAUAUGGUUAAAGAUAUUUUUCUGUUUUAAGUGAGAAAUAAUUCUUACCAGUUCAGCAAUUCUCCAGUGUUUCCUCACCAUUUAACAAUAACUCAAAGCUGAUAUUUUGAGAUAAAUUAUAUCUUACAUUUUUAUGUUUUGUCUGAAGUAGGCUGUGAAAUCUCCACACUUCGUAAUUGUGGAGUUACUGAUGGAUACUUGGAACGGCUGCUUUGGUUAGUCUGUCAAAAACCGAGAACAGGAUUUGUUGAUUAUUUUUAGUAUCAGACAUUAAUUUGAUAAUAUAUGAAUAGUUCACUUGCUUGACUGAAAUCAUCUAAUUCUGGAAAUUGUAAUUUAUUUGCUGAUCUUUUCUUUCUGAUAUUCCUCAUUUCAGAAGUUUUUAUAUUUUGUAUUUCUUGACUCAUUGUUGGAUUUUUUCCAAAUGUAAAUGUAAAAAUUCUAUUUAUGAAAAAUUAUUUUAUCAAGAAAUGUAUGAUUGUUGUUAAUACUGACCAAAGUGAAACCAAACGUUUCCUGCCCUCAGCUUCAUGAAAUAUUGUGGUUUGCUGUCCCUGUAGAGCAGUUUUUCUGCAUCCUUCAGUUUUACAGUCUGGUAACACUUUUUGGGUUGCAGCUGAUUUCUAUGGCAGAGCUCUUAAAAUGGCUGCUCAGCAGUGAAAACACAGCAGCACUCAGCAGUUAGACAGUUCUCUCAGACAUCGGUUUUAAUCAGACAAUAACAUUUGGAGUAGUCUGGACGAAGAGCAGAGUGAAUUUUCCACUUCUGUGGGUUUAAGUCCAGGAUGUUUAAUUCUAGUUAAAUAUACUUUAUUAACUUUAUGAUUCUAAAAACUUUGUUCUUACAAAAGUCACAGUGUAUUGACAUUUUUGUAAGAACUUCAGCAGCAUUUAAUGCUGUACUAAAUGACGGACUGGUAUUUGAUAUGUUAAGAUGACGUCUGUACCCAGCUGAUUGUAUUGGCCUAGUAAUGAUGGACAAAGGGAAUACUUGUAUGAAGAUGUAGGAUCUAAAUGUUUGUUAAUUUUUAUUAAACUUCUUGUUGAUUUUA